AGCAAGAAGGGGGAGGGUGCUCAGAACCAGGGAAAGAAAGGGGACGGGGCUCAGAACCAGGGCAAGAAAGGGGAGGGGGUUCAGAACCAGAGCAAGAAAGGAGAUGGGGUUCAGAACCAGGGUAAGAAGGGGGAUGGGGCCCAGAACCAGGGUAAAAUAUUGGAGGGAACGCCAAACCAGGGCAAGAAGGUUGAGGGGGCUAAUCAGGGCACAAAGACAGAGAGUGUCACGAACCAGGGGAAAAAAGUUGAAGGAACCCCUAAUCAAAGCAGAAAAACAGAAGGAACUCCCAACCAGGGCAAAAAGGCAGAAGGGUCUCCCAACCAGGGCAAAAAGAUGGAUGCAGCUGCCAAUCAGGGUAAAAAGUCAGAGUCAGUUCCUGUCCAAGGUAAAAAUGCAGACAUGGUCCAGGGCCAGGAGGCACCAAAGCAAGAGGCUCCUGCAAAGAAGAAAUCUGGUUCAAAGAAAAAAGUGUCCCUGGAUUCCAAUAGCCCUCUGUACCUGCCUUACAAGACACUGGUCUCCACAGUUGGAAGCAUGGUAUUCAAUGAGGGUGAGGCCCAGCAGCUCAUUGAGAUCCUGUCUGAGAAGACUGGCAUCAUUCAGGACACCUGGCAUAAGGCCACUCAGAAGGGCGACCCUGUGGCAAUUCUGAAACGCCAGCUGGAAGAGAAGGAAAAGCUGCUGGCCACUGAGCAGGAAGAUGCAGCUGUUGCCAAGAGCAAACUGAGGGAACUCAAUAAGGAGAUGGCUGCAGAAAAGGCCAAGGCAGCGGCUGGUGAAGCCAAGGUGAAAAAACAACUGGUGGCCCGGGAACAGGAGAUUGCAGCUGUGCAGGCUCGCAUGCAGGCCAGCUACCGUGAGCAUGUGAAGGAGGUGCAGCAGCUGCAGGGCAAGAUCCGAACUCUUCAGGAACAGCUGGAGAAUGGCCCUAACACCCAACUGGCCUGCCUGCAGCAGGAGAACUCUAUCCUGAGAGAUGCCUUGAACCAGGCCACAAGCCAGGUAGAGAGCAAGCAGAAUGCAGAGUUGGCAAAGCUCCGGCAGGAGCUCAGCAAGGUCAGCAAGGAACUGAUGGAGAAGUCAGAGGCCUCGAGGCAGGAGGAACAGCAGCGGAAGGCUCUGGAAGCGAAGGCAGCUGCCUUUGAGAAGCAGGUCCUGCAGCUGCAGGUGUCUCACAAGGAGAGUGAGGAAGCUCUGCAGAAGCGCCUAGAUGAGGUCAGCCGGGAGCUGUGCCGCACACAGACCAGCCAUGCCAGCCUCCGGGCAGAUGCCGAAAAGGCACAGGAGCAGCAGCAGCGGUUGGCAGAGAUGCACAGCAAAUUACAGUCCUCUGAGAUGGAGGUGAAGAGCAAGUGUGAAGAGCUGAGUGGUCUUCAUGGGCAGCUCAAGGAGGCCAGGGCAGAGAAUACACAGCUCACAGAAAGGAUUCGGUCCAUUGAGGCCCUGUUGGAGGCAGGCCAAGCCCGGGAUAACCAGGCCAGCCAAGCUGAAGCCGACCAGCAGCAGAUGCGUCUCAAGGAGCUAGAAUCACAAGUAUCAUGUCUGGAGAAGGAGGCCACUGAGCUCAAGGAGGCUGUGGAGCAGCAGAAAGGGAAGAACAAUGACCUCCGAGAGAAGAACUGGAAGGCAAUGGAGGCACUGGCCUCGGCUGAGCGGGCCUGUGAGGAGAAACUGCGUUCCCUGACCCAGGCCAAGAACAUGCUACAAUUGUGA